UCACCGUUUUUUGUGUUUUUCGAAACUCACUCGCAGUCACCGCAAUCUGUAAUUCUGACUUGAACGUUAAACCCCUUUUUCUUUUCUUGAAGAUAGAACAUGCUAAACCCAGAUAAGGUCUGAGGAAUUCUGUAUAACUGCGUCAAUGGACUCUCUGUCUUCGAUUCUCUCACCAACCACCGUGACUUUCCGUUUUCCGAAGCUCACUCUUAUGGCUAACUCUGCUACUGGUGUUUCUUCUUUCUCGUUUGCGUUCACUAUCUAUGGAGGAGAGCGCAGAACAGCAACUACGAAACGCUCUGCUAAACCCAGCAAAACCUUAUCGCCCAAAGAACCAUCAACACCAAUCCCGAGUUCCCUUACUACUUUUGCAGACAGUAACACUUCACUUCCUCCUAAAAAGGUUUUGGUUCCAAUCGGGUUUGGUACCGAAGAAAUGGAAGCUGUUAUUAUGGUUGAUGUUCUGCGAAGAGCUGGUGCUGACGUCACUGUGGCCUCGGUGGAGCAGCAACUAGAGGUUGAAGCUGCAGGUGGUACAAAACUGGUUGCUGACACCUACAUUUCAGCUUGUUCCGAUCAAAUUUUCGAUCUCGUGGCUUUGCCGGGAGGAAUGCCCGGCUCAGCGAGGUUACGAGACUGUGAACUUCUUCAGAAAAUUACAAGCAAUCAGGCUGAGGAGAAGAGGCUUUAUGGAGCUAUAUGUGCUGCUCCAGCAGUCACACUUCUACCAUGGGGCCUUCAUAGAAAAAAGCGGAUAACUUGCCACCCUGCAUUCAUGGAUAAGCUUCCAACCUUCUGGGCAGUCAAAUCAAAUAUUCAAGUAUCAGGAGGGCUUAUAACAAGCCGUGGCCCUGGAACUACAUUUGAGUUUUCCCUAUGCCUAGUAGAGCAGUUGUUUGGGGAAUCUGUUGCCAGGGAAGUUGGAGAAUUAUUGUUCUUGUGCGGUGCUGAUGAUGAAUCUAGAAAGCAAGAAUUCAACAAAGUUGAGUGGUCUGUGGACCACAACCCUCAUGUCCUCCUUCCAAUUGCUAAUGGUUCUGAAGAGAUUGAAGUAGUAACUAUUGCAGAUAUUCUACGACGAGCAAAGGUCAAUGUAGUAGUUGCUUCAGUUGAGAAAUCUGUGAAGAUUUUGGCAUCUCGAGGAACCAAAAUAAUUGCUGACAAGCUAAUUCGUGAUGCUGCAGAGUCUAUAUAUGAUAUAAUCAUUCUUCCGGGAGGAAAUGCUGGAGUUGAGAAGCUGAGUAAAUCUAGGAUCCUAAAGAAACUGCUCAAAGAACAGGAAUUAGCUGGAAGAAUAUAUGGUGCACUCUGUUCCUCACCUGAAAUCCUGCAUAGGCAGGGUUUACUGAAGGAUAAGAAAGCCACUGCUCAUCCUUCUAUACUAAGCACGCUCACCAAUGAAGUUGUAAAUGGUGCCAGAGUAGUUAUUGAUGGUAAACUAAUCACCAGCAGGGGACUCGCUACUGUAACAGAUUUUGCGUUGGCUAUUGUAAGCAAACUUUUUGGUCAUGCCAGGGCAAGAAGUGUUGCUGAAGGCAUUGUUUAUGAGUAUCCCAGGAGUUAAAAGUGAUCUGGUGUCAAUUCCUUGUAAAUGGAAGACAAUUUUCCUGCCGCUCUACUCCUCUAAGAGAAGGCUGCACAACUCAUAUCAAAACAGUACCAUGAGAAACUUCCAUAUCCACUGUCAGCAAAUGAAUGUAUGAGAUAGUGUUGGGUGGUCGCAAGCUGAGCUCACAGAUUAAUAUCUUCCUCUGUAGACACUGAAAAGUUCUUGGCCACCUGCAAGGAAAUUGAUCUCAUAUGCCAGUGCCGGUUCCAGGCUCAGAGGCUAAGGCUAUAAUUAGGAAAUUGAUUUCAUAUGCCAGUGCUGGUUCAAGUGCUGGUUCAAGGUACAGGCCAGUCUAGGCCCCCAGAUUUUGGAGGGUCUUUUUUUUAUUAUUUUUUUAAUAUUUUAAAUAACUUUUUGUUCAGAAUAAAUUAUACUAUAUCAAUUUUUUAUUAGAAAUACAAACUUUAAAUUAUUUGAGAGAAA